AUGCAGCCAGGUGGUUACUCGCAACUUCAGGGGGUUUACUUACAGAACGGUUACAACACACAGCAGCAGCAGCCGCCGGCAACGCAGACCCAGCAGUGGCAAGACGAGUGGACGGUUCUAGCAGAUGGUGACGUAAUCGACGAGCCUCGUUACCAGCCGUCCGUUCCCUUCCCUCUUUCGCGAUCCGUUACUGCCGGUCCGCAAGCGCCUAAGCCGUUAAAGGACGGGGUGUCCCGGACCGCAAGGCAGCAGAGGGCUUUGGCGGAGAGCGUAGGGGGAUCAUACGAUGCUGAGUUGGGGAGAAGCGAAGGGGGUUUUCAAACAGAGAGGGUUCCGACUCAGGCGCCGCCUGCGGAGGUUAUGCUUCCGCGGAGCAAGUCGGAAGCGGGUAGGGGCGGGGUUGCGCUUAGGAGGGGGAGAGCCCGCGCAGGAGCAGUGACAAUAGGGUCGGUGGGCUCUGAGGCGGAACUCGCGCAAGGGGUGGUACGGCGGGCGUCGCAGGGGGAGCUGGCUGCGGAGGAGGGGGGUGAUCAGGUGAACGUGGUCGCACAGAGGGCGCGUGCGACGGGUGCGAAGGAACGGAGGCGACAGCCGAGCGAGGAUAGCGCCAGCAGCACUAGUGACAGCAGGGGUAGCAGCGGAAGCUCGGUGGGAGGUAUGAGUAUGAUACACUCCCAAGCGCAGCAGCAGCAACAAGCGCAGCAGACGCAGCAGGAGCAGCAGCCGCAGGAGCAGCAGAUGCAGCAGAAGACGAAGCAGGCGAAGCAGCACAGGAGAAGGAAGUCCGGGGGGGAUGUGACGGCUGCUGCUGCUGCUGCUGCUGCUGGUGGUUCUCAGGCCGGGUUGCCUGCAGGAGGGGAAGGCAUUGCGGGCGGUGGGGGCUAUGCCGAGCACGCCAAUGGAGGCAAUGGUGCUGGGGGAAGUGAUGGGGGGUCCCAAGGUGUCGCCUUCUCAGGUGGAGGCUUUUCCGGUGGAGGUCACCUAGGAGGCAACGGCUGGGGCAGGGGUGGCGUGGAAGGGGGGCCUGCAGCGUUGUAUGCGUCCCUGCUGGCUGUACACCCGCCCCUGAUCUCCAAAUCCGGUCGACAGGUCGUUCGGUGCCAGUGGUGCUCCCAGAUGCUGGCAGUGCCGGCGCAGCUGCAGCCGUCACACAAGGGCAGGCAGAAACUGCGGUGCGGCAAGUGCAUGCGCGUGUCUAAGUAUGCUGUCAUUCUGCCGCCGCCCGACAUGCCUGGCCUACCCCUCCUUAUUCCUGUUGAGAGCGCACAAGAAAAGGGUGAUGUGCAGUCCCAGGUGCAGUUUCCAGAGCAGCAGCAGCAUCAUCUACAGCAGCAGCAGCAGCAGCAGCAACAGCAGCAUGAGCAUCAGCUACAGCAGCAGAUGACCGUGCAGGGUUCCCAGGGGAUCGAGCAGGCGUUGAUAGAAGGGGAGGUCGCUGGGGACGACAAUGAGGACGAACAGUGGCAGCAGCAGCCGGGAACCCUGCAGGUACAGCAGCAGCAGUGGGAAUUGCAGCAACAGCAGUUACAGCAGCAGGCACAGCAGGUGCCGAUGCCAAUGCAGGUACAGGCAGGUGGCAUGGCAGGACCGCGGUUCCCUGCUUCAAGUGCUGCAAUUCCAAAUGCAGCCAUUGCAGGUGCAGCCGUUGCAGCAGCAUCCUUGCUCACGGGUGCGCCAGCCUACCAUGGCAUGGCACCACAAGACAUUCAGCCAAUGCUGCAGCAAGGGUUUCCACAGGGAGGGGGUUUCCCUGGCGCCAUGGGCCAGCAGCUUUCCCAGCAGCGGCAGCAGCAGCAGCAACAGCAGCAGCAACAGCAGCAGCAGCCGUUGCAGCAGCAGCAGCAGCAGCAGCAGCCGUUGCAGCAGCAACCAUUGCAGCAGCAGCCAUUGCAGCAGCAGCAGUUUGGUCAUAUUCAGGGAGGUGGGGGUUUGGGUCCAAUUGGGCAGCAGCAGCUACAGCAGCAGCUGCAAUGGGUAAAUAGUGUGCCCCCUUCUGCUUUGAAUGGGGCGGUGCAGCAGCUGAAUGGCAUGGCCCUAUCCAGUGACGCUCAGCAGCAGCAGCAGCAGGGGCUGGCAGCUCAGCAAUCCCUGCCUCGCAGAGCAUCACAGGGAGCAGCAGGCGAAGCUCAGCCUUCAGCCAAGCACGUCCGCAAGUCCAGUGGUGGUUCUGACUCCAGUACCAGUGGUGUUGCACCUGCUCUCAGAAUGCCUAGUACUGGAGCGGCAGCAGCAGCAGCAGGAGCAGAGGGAGCAGGAGGAGUGAUGGCAGCAGCAGCUGUGGCAGACGAGAAUGGACAGGAGUUGGUCCCGAGGACCGCAUCAGGGAAGCGGUUCCAGCGGCAGGCACGGGACAUGCUGGCAACAAGACGAGUCACCGUGGGUUCGGGCGGCAAGCUGGCCACCGUUCCUUCCUUCCGUGCUGCUCCUCAGAUACAGGGAGGGACAGCAGGAGGAGGGGCGGCAGGAGGAGGGGCGGCAGGAGGAGGGGCGGCAGGAGAUGGUGCUGGUGGAGGGGGAGGGGAGAUGUCGCUGCGGCGAACAUCAACAGAGAGGAAGGGAGCGAAAGGGGUAGAGGGAGGGGGAGCAGUGGUGCUGAUGCCACGGAGCAGGACGAUGAGUAUGGGUGUGGAGGCACAGUACCGGAGAAAGGUGGUUGUGAAUGGGGUGCCUGUGCCGGACCAGAGGGUUCUUGUUGCAGAGCAGAGGAUUGGGAAGAUCGAGCCUGGGAAUUAUUGGUAUGACUGCAGAGCUGGGUUCUGGGGGCCUGUUGGGAGUGCGUCCUUGGGCGUCAUUCCAGCUUUCAUGCGCGAGCUAGGCAAUGCCCCUGUGUCCAUGGAUUGCUCCGGUGGCAAGAGCAAGAUUCUGGUGAAUGGACGAGAGUUGCAUCGAAAGGAUGUCAAGGUUCUGGCAGAGAAGGGUUUCCCUGAGACAUUGGGAGGCAGGUAUACGCUGGAUGCGGAUGGCACUCUGGUCAAUGAGUUUGGACGAGUGGCGGCUAACCUUGGGAGCCUGCUGGAGGAUGACAAGGAUGGCUUAUUUAUGAAAGCUGGGUCAGAGAUCAAGGUCAAGCAGAAGAAAUAA